AUGUCCGAUCUCGAGGCUUACGGUGAGCUCGUCCGCGAGCGAAUCGCACAGAGGAUGUCAGGCGUGGGGAUGGAGGCCUGGAGCUACGUGAUCAUUCUCCUCGGCGUCGGUAUGGAGUCUAGCACGCCCAGGAAUAGGGAGAUUCUGAGGGAACUUCUUUAUAGUGUUAUGAGAAAGGGGUUCGCGAGUGUAGAGGCGUUCUUGGCUGACAUGAGAGCAGACGAAUAG